UGUGUGUUUGCAAGAAAAUGGUACUUUUUCCUAAAUUCAGGUGCUUUUGUCACCACCUACCACCACCACGUAACCGCCAACGAUCACCAUGAAAACCACCACAAAUAUAUCGUCUUACCUGCCACAAACCAAUCUCCAUACACAUACACCAUACAAGAAAAUUUCUUUAGGUUUGACUGUGAAACACCAGAAGAUGGUUUAACAGGAAAACUUCGUUUACCAUUUUAUGUACCAUUCAAUUAUCAAAACGUGUCGAUUUUAACAUCUUUGCAUGGAUUAUUAUGCGUAGGCAUAAGCGAGUUGGAAUGUUCUCCCGAAUAUUAUUCUCUAGUUUUAUGGAAUCCAUUGACAGGUGACAAUAAGAAGUUGUCUACAAAGGGUUCUCGGGAUGAAUGUUACGAUAUCUCUGAUGGUAUAUUUGGGUUGUAUUAUAUCUCUUCUGAUGACGACUACAGGCUUCUACGUGUGAAACGUUAUCCCAGUGCUUGUAUUUAUAUAUACUCAUUAAAAUCCGCCUCAUGGAGAAAGGUCAGGUCAACAGAGGACUUCCGACAAAGGGCUUCCAACUGGGCUUCACUUGUAGGUAAGUACCCGGAGCAGCCAAAGCAUAUACUGUUAAAUGAAAAACUCUAUUUCUUAAAACAAGUUGAUAGAGGAGAAGGGACCUUUAUUCAUUCAUAUUCAGUUAUGAGGUUCGAAACAAAGACCGAAAAGUUCACAGAGAUAGUGAUGCCUUCUUUCGGAAAUCAAAUGACAAGCUCUUUGGAUUUCAUGGUUCUAAAAGGGUGCAUUCACUUCUGUGUUGCAAUUCUCAUCGAGGACACAAGUUAUAUGGAAAACCAACGUUGUUAUGAAAUGAUCGAGUUAUGGAGAAUGGAUGGAGAUGGAGAUUGGACGAAGGUGUUAACUUAUGGCCCGAUGUCAUUUUUUCUUUGGAGUCAGUCGCUACUGCACGUGAUGAGAAAUGGAAAUUGGCUCAUUCAAAACGAAGUUGAUGUUUACGUAUUAGAUAUGAAGAAGCAUACCAAAGAAAUGGUGUUUACAUGUAACCCAAUCUAUGCCCAGCGUAUGUCUAAAGAAGCAUACGACAGAAUGGGUUCAAAAAAUAUCACUCCAAGAGGGAAAUACAUCGAGACUACUGUGUCACCCAAUAAAUAUUCUCUAUACGCGCGGAAAUGGAAGUUCAAAAUAAAUAGCUUAGAAUGGUGUACUGUUGGGUCGUGGGCGGAAUAUGUAAGUUAUAUUUAUCAUUUUUUAAAUAUAACAUUCUCAGCUCUUAGUUCAAUAACAAGCAUAUUGUUUUGAUAAAUUUCAGGAGGCAUAUGAAAGAGUCAUGAUUGAGAAGCAUGCGAACGAUGUCACUCAAAAUCCGGAGGAAGAUCCUCAGAUCUUAAGUUCGCCACAACAGGAGCCCCUCUGGGGGGUGUGCCAUGUCCUCCAUUAGGUACAAAGAGUCACAAGAACAGGUAUGGGAAUUGGAAAGUGAACAAAAAGAACGACAAGAUAUGCAAGACCAACUUGCAAAGGAAAUAGAAAUGGAACCAAAAGAACGGAAAGAUAUGCAAGCACAAAUAUGAGAUGAUCUAGUAACAAUCUUGGCAAUACACCAAAUUAAGUUUACGUUUUUAUAUUUUUUGUUUUAGGCAAUAGUUGAACACUCAUCAUUAUUAUAUUUGUGGUUUUUAUGUUUAAUAAAACGUAUGUUUUAUUUGAUAGUUUAUAGAUUUCUUUUAUUCACUUUUUGGUUUAACUUAUAAAAUAGAAUAUGCAGAUUGUAUUGACUUUUUUUAUAUUGGGUAGAAAAAAUCUAGGCCUUUUGGUAAUUUUUAUGUUUUUAAACUACAUUAUUAGGCUGAUCUGUGUGGUUUCAGCAAUGACAUCGACCAGCUCGGCAAAUACCGGGCGAGCCCUCGGCAUGCCGAGCGCAUAUCGGCAACUCUGCUAGAACUUACCGAUGAGAGAGGAGAUUAUUUGGGUUUGAACAGGCCGGUCCAUUGAAUUUCAAUGCCCGGGGCAAGAAAAAAAUAUUGCCAUAACAUUUCUAAACAAAAAUUAUAUAGGAAAAGCGAAAUAAAUUUUAUAGUCAAACUAAAUGAUAGUUGUACAAACAAAAGCAUACAAAGUGCCAUUUUACAUUUUUUGAAGAAAAACAUAUGUUAUUUGAUGAUAAGCAAGACUUCAUAGACAUUGACUUUCAAUAUU